GCAGCAGCAGCACUAUCAGUCACAGCGCAGGCAGCAGCAGCGACAGCAGCAGCAGCAAACUCUCUCCCGUCUUUCUCCCCCCCUCUUCUUUCUGGAGUUGUAUCCCGCACCGAGGACAAAAGCCGGGGAAGUAGGAGGGAAGUGAUCCAGGGCUGAAAGCUGCCAUCAAGAAGAAACAAAAACGCAGACCUGGCUGCCCACAUGCCUAUCGAAUUUGUUUGCAAAAUCAAAUUUGCAGAGGAGGAUGAGAAGCAGAAAAGCAAGCAAGAUGGGGAUAAGGAGAGCCUGAUCGAGGAGAGCUGUACGCCGCCGGCCAAAGACUUGGCAGGGUUUGCUAACUCCUGCUCCCUCCAUGGGAUCAACCACAUCUUCGUUUCUGGCCGCCUGGGGAUCCGGCAGACUCUCUGGGCUCUUGCCUUCUUGACUUCUCUGGCGCUCUUUCUGUACCAAGCGGCCAAGUGUGCCAUCUCCUACCUGGAGCACCCUCAUGUGACGGCGCUGAACGAAGAGGCAACCCCGGAGAUGGUCUUCCCUGCUGUGACCAUCUGCAACAUCAACCGGUUUCGCUUCUCAGCCCUCACCGACGCAGACAUCUACCACCUGGCAAACUUGACGGGUCUGCCCCCCAAGAACAGGGAUGGACACAAACCCACUGAUUUGAUGUAUCCUGCACCUGACAUGCAGGACAUCUUCAACAGGACGGGGCAUCAGCUGGAGGAGAUGCUGAUGAGCUGCAAUUUCAGUGGACAGAACUGCUCAGUUGAGGACUUCUCUGUGGUUUACACCAGAUACGGGAAAUGCUACACUUUUAAUGGCAACAAGACGACAUCCAAGAAGACGAAGCAGGGCGGGAUGGGAAAUGGGCUGGAGAUCAUGUUGGAUAUCCAGCAGGACGAGUAUCUGCCCAUCUGGAAAGAGACGAAUGAGACGUCCCUGGAGGCCGGCAUCCGAGUCCAGAUCCACAGCCAGGACGAGCCUCCCUACAUCCACCAGCUGGGCUUCGGCGUCUCGCCCGGCUUCCAGACCUUCGUUUCAUGUCAGGAGCAAAGGCUGACCUACCUGCCCCAGCCCUGGGGGAACUGCCGCUCCACCAGCAGGGAGAAGUUUCCGGGAUACGACACGUACAGCAUCAGCGCCUGCCGCCUGCUCUGCGAGACCAACGAGGUCAUGCGUGUGUGCAACUGCAGGAUGGUUCACAUGCCUGGAACUGCAGAUAUCUGCCCUCCCAGUAAAAUCAACUGUGUUGACAAAGCACUCGCCCAGCUGCAGAAGAACAGCGGGGAUAUCUGUCCAUGUGAGACGCCCUGUAACCUCACCCGCUACGGUAAAGAGCUCUCCAUGGUCAAAAUCCCCAGCAAGGGCUCAGCUCGCUAUCUCUCCAGGAAAUAUGACAAGUCAGAGGACUACAUCAGAGACAAUUUUUUGGUGUUAGAUAUUUUCUUUGAAGCACUGAAUUAUGAAACAAUUGAGCAAAAGAAAGCGUACGACGUUGCAGGAUUAUUAGGUGACAUUGGUGGACAAAUGGGUUUAUUCAUCGGCGCCAGCAUCCUGACGGUCUUAGAAAUACUGGAUUACGUUUAUGAGCUGAUCAAGCAUCGGCUUCAGCGUCUGCUGAGACCGCAGAAAGAAGAGAAGAAGAAUACCCAGCCGACCACAACUGUUGCCACAGUGGGUCUAGAAGAAAUGAAAGCAAAGGAGCCCAAUGACACGACACGGAGUCACCCAGAGGGGGCGUACGCCAACACGAUCCUCCCCAACCACCACGUCCCCCACCCGCACCCUCUUUCUCACCCUCUUCCUGCGCCGCACCCACAUCGCCCGGGUCACCACGGCGUGUUUGAGGACUUUGCUUGCUAAAGCCAGCUUUUGUUUCCAGUCCUGGUGACAAAACAAGACAGGAACUAUAUCUGUGUUGAGACAAAAACAGAUUCCUCCUCCUCCUCCUUCUCCUCCUCUGCAUCUCCGUUUGUUUCUUUGCUCUCACCAGUGAAAAGCUACGGCCAAAGUCAAAAACACUAAACUUGUGCUGCUAACAAACCACUUGUAUGUACAGUUUAGGCACAAAUCAGACACGGCUUCUUCUUCUUCUUCAUCAUCUUCAUCUUCUUCUUCUUUUUCUUCUUCUUCUUUGUCUGUUUAUCUCGUUUUGAUCUGAAUGGGAACCAAACCUAACUCAGCAUCGCCUUGACUUCUCAGAGACAAUGACCAACUCUGGUACACGAUCACUACGAAGGGAUAAGAGGAAAAAUGCACUUUAAAAAGGAUUUAUUUAUUCUGUUGGCAUCUAUUUGUUAUUGUUAAUAAUAUUACUACGUCUGUGUUCCUGAAUCUACUCUGACUUCAUGAAGCUGUAUCAGAUCAUUACACUUGAUAAAUUAUGUAAUUAUUUAACAAAGUACUAUUAUCUGUCUGUUCUGUAUCGUAUACAAGAUAACAGUAAGCAAACCUUGUUGGUGUUGAGCCAUCCAAAGUGUGAGUGGAUUUAUUUAGGCUGAGAAAGGAGCUAGCAGCAUCUUUCCACAUGAUGCAUCCUGUCCGGUUUGUGGUGAAGGUGUUAGAGUAGCAGUACCUGUACAUAAAUCACAAAGUCCUACAAGGUUUGUUUCAAUGGUUGUUGUUUAUAUUUAGUUACUAUAUAACUUAUGUAGUACCACUUUUAAUUAUUUAUACAUUUUAGAGGAGUUUUUUUUUAUAUGAAAAUCACGAUUGUAGCAAAUGCUGUCCACUGACUGCCGAAUAUUAACAACACAAAGGUGACGAGACUGGAUGACAAAAGUAUUCGUAGCUCUUGAGCUGAUUCAUGUUUUGUCACAUCAGAGCCACAUAAUUCAUGUAUUUAAUCUGGACUUUAUGAGACAUGCCAACACAGAGUGAUACAUAAUUGUUCUUCUUAUCAGUCUGAGCAUUUUCCAGUGAAAAAAGCUCCACAGCAUGACGCGGCCACCGCUGUGUGUGGCAGUGCUGCCGUCCUGCAUGUAGGACAAACGUUGUGUGUUUACAUUUUCAGAAGAUUGAUUGAGGUUUUCUGCAAAGGUAACACUUGAGAUAUUGCUUUAAACUUUGUUAUAAAUGUAUCCCUGUCCUGUCUGCUGUGUUCAUUAAUAUUAAUAAACAAACCUCUGGGACAUGUGUGUCAAACUCGAGGCAUGUGGGCCAAAUUCGGCCCGCCACAGCUUUUUAUGUGGCCCUCUGAGUUGUAGACUAAAUAUAAAGUGUUGUAAAAUAUUAUUUCAUCAGUCAAAUAAAUGCAGUUUCUAUCUGUUUACUGCCAGAUUAUAUUAAUCAGUCCCUCCAGUUUCUUGCGAAUUGUCGUGGAAAUUCAUGCAAAAUCAACAAAUCCCCAAACAUUUUUGCACCGAUACAUAGCUGGGAGUUUAUUGCUGAUUUUUUUCCAAAAAUUGUCAAAAACUUUCUCACUUGACUAAACAAAUGACAAAGUCUUAACAGUCUCAACGAUUCGUACAUAAAAAGAUAAACCGUUCCAAAGUUUAGCAGCACAAACUGUAAAAUCCUGAUCACCUUUGAAUUUUAGCCCAAAUUCAAACUAAUAUUCAUUUCAGGUCUUAUCAACAUGUAAGAACCUUUCCUCUCAGAAAAUAUCAAUAAAACUCAAUGUGUACGUCCUAAAAUAAAUAAUAUUAGCAUCCUUUUACCUUUAUGUAAUGUGACAUGAUACAAAUAAAAACCGAUAAAGUUUAUUUUAUUUUGAAGUUGUUAUGUAGAGUGCCAAUAGCAUUGGCGGGCCAGAUUUGGCCCACGUACCUCAAGUUUGAUCUAUAAAACCUGGCGGGGUUUAUAGAUCAGUUUGCAUGUUUAAUCUUAGUGAUUUGUAUCAAAUUAAAGGGGCUGAACAUAAACACGUGAGGUUUUAAUCUGAGUGAAAAUCCAGCAUCAUUUUAACGCCUUUUCAACGUCGGGUUUUACUUUGUGUUGAUGAUGCAGGUAAAAUCCCAGUGAAAUCAUUACUGUGUGGCUUUAGUGUGGCAGUGACCUCAAGGGCUGCGAAUACGUUUGCUGUAUAUUUUCCCCUUUUUUUAUAUUUCCACACAAAUCUUUGCAAUGGGAUCGGAAGCUGUUUAUGUUUUUAGCUGUAAAGCAGCUGUACUUGAA